ACAUCAGCACAAGCAACCCAAGAUGCCCACCCCAGCAAGUGCCACUCGUGUAGGCUCUGGUAGCCGAAGCCCAUCAUCAUCCAAGACAGUCUCACCAAGGGCCAGUGCUGGAAGUGGUACUGUCAGACAAAGAAAAACACCAGCAUCAGGAGGAGCUAGGAAGGCAACAGCUGGAGGUGGCACAGGGAAUGCUGGCAUGUGGAGAUUUUAUUCUGAAGAUUCACCAGGAAUUAAAGUUGGACCAGUACCUGUUCUAGUCAUGAGUCUGAUUUUCAUCGCAUCUGUAUUCAUGCUACACAUCUGGGGAAAAUACACAAGAGGAUAAAUUCACCAAGGGAAGCAACUCCUGUUACCUUUAUUGGCAGCAGAUCAGUCACUGAAAAAAGAAUCUGAACUUUUAUCUUUAUAAAACAGAAAACCAAUAUUAGGAGCACGUACAUAAAGUUAGAUGAUUGGAACUUUCAAACUUUGAUUUUAAAAGUUAUUUUAAAUGAAGAAAUAUUUAUCACAAAUACAAUAUCAGAAGUAUUGAAACAGCAGCAAUAUUUCUAAAGGAAUGCUGAGAAAUGUAUAUUGACUAAAGCUGAAAAUACAACAUACAGUGCAGCUGUCAAGAAUCGUAAUUCAAGAUUUGGACUGCAUUUACAUUUCCUUCCUUCCUUAGUGUUGCUAUAUUUGAUCCUCAGUUUUUCAACCUUUGAAUUGAUGAUAUGACCAUAAUGUCAAGCAUUCCAUAUGUGAAAUAAGACUUUGGACAUUAUGAACAACUUAAUGCAGGAUAGAAUGCAUAUUUGUAUGAAAGGUUGUGAAUUCUUUCCAGAUGUUUGUCGGUGGUAGGGGAAAUACCUGUGUAUUUGUGGACAUGAUUCUGGUGUUUGCUCAGGCAAUCAAGACGAGGAGUGUGAGUGGUCAGAUUAUUGUAUGUUGCGUGCGAGAUCAUGUGAAACUGAUGUACUCUAAUAAUAAAGAUACAUUUUUAAAAA